UCCUGUUAUAAAUAAAGCUGAAGCCAAAAGAUCAAUUAAUUUGUUCUCUAAACUUCAAAUUCAAUUCACCAAUAUAUAUAAUCCAUAGUUAUUCCAUAAAAAAGGAUCGAACAUCAACAGCUAGGAAGCAAGCAAUAUAAUGUUGGAAAAAACAGUUACUGUUUCUGCACUUCCAUCCUCCUCCGAUCUUCUCAGUCUAUCUCCUUUCGAAAACGGUGUCGUCCCAAAAAGGAAAAGAAAGCCACCCGGAACACCAGAUCCAGAAGCAGAAGUGGUUUCAUUAUCACCAAGAACACUGCUGGAAUCCGACAGGUAUGUGUGUGAGAUCUGCAACCAAGGGUUCCAACGAGACCAGAACCUUCAAAUGCAUCGGAGAAGGCACAAGGUACCGUGGAAGUUGUUGAAAAGGCCAGAUAAUCAAGACACGGCGGUGAAAAAGAAGGUUUUCGUUUGCCCCGAGCCGAGCUGUCUGCACCACCACCCUUGCCACGCCCUCGGAGAUCUGGUCGGCAUAAAGAAACAUUUCAGAAGGAAGCACAGCGAUAACAAGCAGUGGGUUUGCGCUAAGUGCUGCAAAGGCUACGCCGUUCAGUCCGAUUACAAGGCUCAUCUCAAGACUUGUGGCACCAAAGGCCAUUCUUGUGACUGUGGCCGUGUUUUUUCCAGGGUGGAGACGUUCAUCGAACACCAAGAUAUUUGCACUGUUAGACGAGUUCAACCUCAAUUUCAGGCUCGAACAGCUUCAACCGCCACUCCGUCACUCCAUGCAAGCUUUAGCUUAUCGCCGAUUCCGAUACCGGAAUCAACUCGUUCUCUUGAACUUCAGCUUCUACCGUCGUCGAGCUCUCGCUCACAGUGGAACCUAGAUGAGAAUUGCUCGACUCAUUUAAAGCUAUUCAUUGGAUCAAACUCGAAUGAAGUGAACAAGUGGAACGAUGGGGAAGCAGUAAUAUCGGAAGAAGCCAGCAGGUUAAAGGAGUUUGCGAGCGAGCAGCUGAAGCUAGCCAUGGCGGAGAAUGCCUACGCCGAGAAGGGUAGAAAAGAAGCAAAACGGGAGAUCGAGAUGGCCGAGAUUGAAUUCGCCACUGCUAAGAGGAUAAAGCAACAAGCUCGAACUGAACUGGAGAGUGCUCAAAUGUUGAAAGAUCAAUCGACAAAGAAGAUGAAAUCCACGAUCAUGCAAGUCACUUGUCAAGCAUGUAAGAGUAAAUUCUUAACAUCGAUGGCAAUGGUUCCGGCUGAUGAAACAUCGCUGGCUAUGAGUUACAUGUCGUCGGCCACAACAGAAGAGGAAGGAGAGUGAUUAUAUAUAAAGCUGAAAAUGGUGGGUGUUUAGCACUUGAAUCUCCUCGUUUUCUUUAUCUGCAUGUUGAGUUUUUUUCUUUGAUUUGGGGUUCCUGUAAACUGUCCAUGAAUUGAUUUUAACUGGGGAAAAGAAGUAGAUGAUGCAAUUUAAUGGAAUGCAGUGAAAUGAUUCUGAGAUGACAAACAAUGAUCACGCGUUGGGAUUCUCUCAAUCUUUCUGCGAAGCGGU